AUGCUCAAACGAGUCCGCAAGGGCGUUCACAAAAUGACUUCUGCCUUGAACUCCGAAUCCGAAAACUCCGUCAUGGGGAUGACGGGUGGAAAGAAAAUACCUGCAGAUGGUACAGGCGUAAUCAAGCUCGACCCAUGGCUAGAACCUUUCAAAGAUGCUCUCCGAAGCAGAUACAGCCACGCUCAGAAGUUGAUCAAGACAAUUGAUGAGACAGAGGGUGGUCUGGAGAAAUUCAGCAAGGGUACUGAGAAAUUUGGCUUUGUGGUCCAUGACAAUGGAGACAUCACGUAUCGAGAAUGGGCUCCCAAUGCUUUACGAGCAUAUCUAAUUGGCGAUUUCAAUGAAUGGAACAGGGACGCUACGCCAAUGACCAGAGGUGAAUAUGGGCGUUGGGAGGUUACGUUAUCUUCAAGAGAUGGGCAGCUCGCAAUUGCACACGGCUCCAAAGUCAAGAUCUCUCUGGUCAUACCUACGUCACAUGAACGCUUAGAGCGAGUACCAGCAUGGAUCACUCGCGUCACCCAGAAUCUGAACUUCUCGCCUGUCUAUGAUGGAGUAUUUUGGCAUCCACCACAAAAUGAAAGAUACACUUUCAGACACCCACGGCCGCCCAAGCCAAAGAGCGUCCGCAUUUACGAAGCCCAUGUAGGUAUAUCAUCUCCCGAGCUACGCAUCACAACCUACAAAGAAUUCACGAAGAGUGUGCUACCAAGGAUAAAACAUCUUGGAUACAAUGUCAUACAAUUGAUGGCCAUAAUGGAGCAUGCAUAUUACGCGAGCUUUGGCUACCAAAUCAAUAGCUUUUUCGCCGCGAGCAGCCGGUUCGGCACCCCAGAAGAUCUGAAAGAGCUGAUAGAUACCGCACAUGGCAUGGGCAUCACAGUGCUCCUGGAUAUGGUCCAUAGUCAUGCGUCGAAGAACACUGAGGAUGGUCUAAACGAGUUCGAUGGGACAGACAACCUGUACUUUCAUGAAGGUAGCAAGGGCGUGCAUGAGCAAUGGGAUAGCCGGGUAUUCAAUUACGGGCAUCAUGAGGUUCUACGUUUUCUAUUGUCUAACUUACGAUUCUGGAUGGAGGAAUAUAGAUUUGACGGGUUCCGUUUUGACGGUGUUACGAGUAUGCUUUAUACUCAUCACGGCAUUGGAAGUGGAUUCUCGGGGGGCUAUCACGAAUACUUUGGGCCCAACGUCGACGAAGAUGGCGUUGUAUAUCUCAUGCUGGCUAACGAAAUGCUCCACAACUUGUACCCUAAUUGCCUUACCAUUGCAGAAGAUGUUUCGGGGAUGCCUGCACUAUGUGUGGCGUUAUCCCUUGGGGGCAUUGGCUUCGACUAUCGGCUUGCUAUGGCGAUUCCAGAUAUGUACAUCAAGUGGCUUAAAGAGAAAGAAGAUGCGGAUUGGGAUAUGGGUGCUUUGACGCACACUCUCGUCAACCGAAGACACGGGGAGAAGACAGUCGCUUACGCUGAAAGUCACGACCAAGCGCUCGUGGGAGACAAGUCACUACUGAUGUGGCUAUGUGAUAAGGAGCUGUACACUAAUAUGUCAAUCCUCUCAGUAUUUACACCUGUCAUCGAAAGAGGCUUGAGCUUGCACAAGAUGAUUAGACUCGUCACGCACGGUCUUGGAGGGGAAGGAUAUCUCAACUUCGAAGGCAAUGAAUUUGGCCACCCAGAAUGGCUUGACUUCCCUAGAGAUGGUAAUGACAACAGCUACUGGUAUGCUCGGAGACAGUUCAAUCUCCCGGACGAUGACAUGCUACGAUACAAAUUUCUCAACGAAUUCGACUGCAAGAUGCAAUGGACCGAGGAGAAGUAUGGCUGGCUACACUCGGACGAAGCGUGUCUUAGCUUGAAAAACGAGCAAGACAAAGUGAUUGUAUUCGAACGGGCUGGACUUUUAUGGAUCUUCAACUUCCAUCCUACUCAAAGCUUCUCAGACUACCGUGUGGGCAUAGAGGCGGCGGGGACUUAUCAGAUCAUUUUGGAUACAGAUGACCCGGCUUUCGGUGGAUUUGGAAGGAAUGCCAAAGGGACAAGGUUCUUCACCACACCUUUCCGGUGGAACGAACGGAAGAAUUUCAUUCAGGUGUACAUCCCGGUCCGCACUGCAAUUGUGCUUGCAUUGGAGUCUACGCUUUAG